AUGACGCACAGCCCUCGGCGCACCUCUGCAGGGAUAGUGCGGACAGACGCCUCCCUCUCCCUCUCCCUCUUCGGCAUGAAGCCCCUCACCUCUGCACCCUGGGCUGCCCUGGCCCUCGGCCUGGUCUUUGUCUCCUUCCACUUGGCUUGCUUGGCAGAAACGAGGAACAGCAACAACUCAACCUUGACCACCCAGCACCCAGAUCCCGGAAGCCUGGAGCAGUGCCCCAACGUGGACUUCUGCCCCCAGGCGGCUCGGUGCUGCCACACCGGCGUGGACGAGUACGGCUGGAUCGCGGCGGCGGUGGGCUGGAGCCUGUGGUUCCUCACCCUCAUCCUGCUCUGCGUGGACAAACUGAUGAAGCUCACGCCGGACGAGCCCAAGGAUUUGCGAGCGUGAGGCUUAGACCCUGAGCCCCGAGCACGUGGGUCGCCACCCAACUGCGGGUCACUGCGCGGGACCAGGGGAGGGGUGCAGCUCCAGGCGUUGUCACCUCCGCGCUGCGGUGACUUCCACAAGAGAAGGAAGAAGGAAAGGGGGAUCCGAGGAAGAAAGGCCAGUGCUGCCCCCCACCGAAACGCACAAGGCGUUCGUGCGUGCAGAGCCCCGACCGUCUCUGUCCGGAUCCCCUCGCCUCUCCCCAGGGCUCCCGCCCGCGGGCCGCGCGACGUGACUUUGACUUUUGUCCGCACGUUCUUCGGAGCUAAGCUCAGAACCUUCUCACCCCAAACAGGCCAUUGUGUGCCGUCUCUCGUCUCAUUCAAGGGCAUCCCUGGCCUUCCGAAAUGCAGGACUCGCUUUGACCGGCCCAGCGUCCUCCCCCCGCCCCACCCCCUCGUGCAUUGCUUCUCCGGCUCUUGCUCUUUCUUCAACCAUGUCCUCCACGGCGGUCCUGCCCCACCGUCCCCGCCCGCAGCCCGGCUCUGGCCUUCCUACAUCACCCCUGCCUUGCCUCAGGCCUUUUCGGUUCUGUCCUCACCACGGUCCAGCACGUCCUCCCCACAGGUCCUCCCCACGGGGUCCUCCCCAGGGCCGCUGUCAGUGCGGUGCUGUCACCCCCUGCGGAUGACCUUCUGUGAGGCCUCACCCCCGAACCUCUCACAGGGCUGGCCUUCCACUCUCCUUCCCAGGUCUGUCCCCCCGCGCGUCCGGGACCAGGCCUCCAGGGACCCUGUCCUUGUCCCAACAUCUCCCACUUCCUGCUGCCAGGCCCUCCGUCUCCAGAUGGAAGCGCAGGCCUCAAAGUCCAGCCCAAAUGCUUUCUCUGGUAGCCUUGGGGGACCCAGAGCUGGUGUUCUGGGUGGGGGGUGGGGGCGUCUGCUCCGCCCUGAAGUGCAGUCCUCAUGAAUAUACAGUCAGUGGAUACUCUGUCCUGCUCCUGGGGCAAGUUCCUCCUAAUGUCUGUCCCACCAACGAAUGAUGAAUGAAUGAACAAACCAAUGAGCAGGUCCUGGCCUGAGAUGAAUUUAUGACACUCAUUCCGUGUAGAGAACUUCACUUUUCUAGAAAGGGUUGAAAUAACCCAUCUCCACGGAAGCCAGCGGGUUUGCUUCCCGCUUACCCCGCACAAGGAUGUUACUGGUCGCUGGGAACAUGGGGGGAGGGGGGUGUGGGUCAGAGGAGAGGAGAGCGGGUUCAUGAGAAGGAAGGAAGAACAAAAUGACUCUUCUUAUUAUGAGACACGUGUAUUUAGUCUGAACCACCAAAUAAUUAUGCACAAGAAAGUGAGGGGCCCCUGAAGAAGCAUUUCCUAGGUGCUUUCAGAAAAUCUAAGUAGAUUUCCCCGACGGUGGGAACUGAAGGAAUUUUGCCUGGCUUAGUCUGCUCCUUUCUGACUCUCCAUGGUUUAAUCAAUAAAUUGGAUGGCUUUACUGUGCCCCUGCGCUAA